CUGGUGCAGGAGGCGUAUGAGGAGGCGGCCCUGGGGGCCUCGGAGCUGCAGCAGAUCACUAUCCCCUUUGGCGGGACGACUGAGUACAGCAUCAUCACACCCAUCAGUGAGGAGAGUCAGGCUCCGGGCACGCUGUACAGCAAGGAGGAGAGCCCUGCGGAGAUGUACCACGCGGUCAUGGUGGGUGAAGCUGUGAUGAUGGAGGAGGCCCUGAAGGACCCUAACAACCACUACAUCGUGUCGUCUGGUGUCCCGGGAAGCCAGAUCCAUCACAUGGAGCGGGGACGCUGCCCUUCCCUCUCCUGCGGAGGGGCAGGAGGCGCAGCCCACCGACGUCAAGUGGCCCGUGGUGCAGUGUGUCACCAGCCAGCUCCAGAAGGACUCGUCUUUAUCCCCAGCCUCUGAGGGGCAGGAAAGCUCAUCCCCAAAGGUCAAGUGGCCUGUGCUCCAAGGCAUGGCCAAGAAACUCUCGUGCAAGGUUUCCACAGCCAAGAAGCUCUCGUGCAAGAUUUCCACAGACAAAAAGUUUUCAUGCAAGAUUUGCACAGCCAUGUUCACCGGGAGAGCAGAGAUGGAGAGUCACAAGAGAGCCACGUUGGGCCCAGCACCUUUAAGUGUCCCGACUGUCCAUUCACUGCAGCGUUCUGGCCGGAGGUUCGGAGCCACAUGGUCCAGCACGCCAGCCUUCGGCCACACAAGUGCAUGCACUGCAGCUUCGCCUCCAAGAACAAGAAGGACCUGCGCAGGCACAUGCUGACGCACACCAACGAGAAGCCCUUUGCCUGCCAGAUCUGCGGGCAGAGGUUCAACCGCAACGGGCACCUCAAGUUCCACAUGCAGCGUUUGCACAGCUCGGAGGGGAAGAG